AUUAAGCUCACGUCACGUUGACGCAAACGUUUUACUGAUCACGGUAUAAAAACGCACACGCUUUUAACACAGGUGAUUUCAUAAAUAACCAAACUACUGGCUUCACAUGGUCGGUCUAAUUUAUACCAUUAUAUUUUCAUAAACCAAAAAAAAAUUACAUUCGAUUUGCUUUCAAAUGAUGGUCGGUAUAAAGCAAUAUACAAAAAUUUCUUCAUAUACGUCAAUAAAAUUGUUUUCAGAUUAGCUAUUUUACUUUAUAAAUAUCAAUAAAAUUUUAUUUCAUUCUGUAUGGCUGAAACAUCUUUCACUGAAGACAGACAGAAGUCUCAGAUUACAAUUAAGCUUCCCAAUGCCUCCCCACUUACACCUGAAACUAGCACUAGGGACAGAACAGUGCAGAAAAACGAGCGAUCCGGAGCGCCUACCAGAACUGGCAACAAAAAUGACGACGCGAAUAAUAAGUCGGGAACAGACAAGAAUGUUGGUUCCAAUGAAGACGACAAGGACGAAUGUGCCCGGCGGAUCCAGAACUACUGGUGGCGUUGGAGGGACAAACAGAUGUUCCUUCUUCUCAAACACUCCGUCAGGGCAGCCGAGAUGUCUCUCAGCUACGACAUUCUCAAAAAGGUGUCUCCGCACGAGGCCGAGCUGAUUCGAGACCCCGCAAUGAAGGCCAGGAUACGGUUCCGCUUCACUGGCACCGAGUUUCCCCCUAUAGUCGUGUUCAAGAUCUUCAUGACAACCAAGGCUAACAUGUUGAGUGGUAAGAACUGCAUCAGACCUGCGAGUGAUGCCUCGAGGGACUGUCUGAAAAAUAUGGGCCAGCGGAAGUUCGUCGACCAGAUGCUCAGAGACGCUCACCACUUCGACAAAAAACAAAUUUGGGACAUGGAGGAGGUGGUGAGUGUGAAGGACUACUGGCGACUGCAGUCGGACUUGGACGAACUGCCCAGUCACAUGGGGGGCAGGGAAAACCACUGGCGAAGACUUACUCUAACGGAGAUUCCGAGGUACACUGUGUUUUACGAUCUGAUGGAGUUCCUGGAAACAGGUCACGAGAUAUCAGAACACUUGCGGGACAACAUCCCCCGCCUUCUCACACGCCCAAACACAGUAGCUCAAGAGAUGGAACAAGCUAAUGUCAUCUCACACAUGAAGGUACCCCCUCAAACGCCAAUAUCUCCCGCCAAAAUGACCACUGCCCGUGCACAUGUGCUUGAGAGUGAUAGGAGCAGAAACAGUUCCCGGGGGAGUAAACAAGCCAAAGAGAGGGCACAUAACAUGCGACAAAUGUACUUGAGGGGGGCUUCAGGAGACAGCUUAGACCAGGGCGACACUGGGAGGACCAGAGCGAAACAGAACACCUUUGUGAGUAUAGAGGAAAACUGGGAGGAGGAAGCGGAGCAACUUUUCAAGUGGAGCCAAGAAUUGAGCUUCGAAAGAACUAUGGACAUUUGAAAACUGAACAUUGACCUACUGUUAGAAAUUAAGCAUGAAAAUGAUUAGUUCACUUUUAAUUAAACCUCAAUUAGUUAA